UCGGUCUCUUGGUUCCACUUUUCAGUUGCCUCCCAGACGUUCGCUCUCGCUGUCGUGUGUUCUCGAUCGCGAGAAAUCGAAAACGAAAUUGAAUUUAGUUAAUGCCCCUGGAUCUCCGGGAGAUAUGGUGAAACUCUGCGAUCUGAUCGGAAAAUCCCAGCGCGCGUCGCCAUAAAACUUAAGAUCAGUGGUAUACGGUUUCGGUUCCAUAAAAGCGCAGGCCCCACACGAUUUUCGAAUCAUUCAAAGCCGGCGCAUAGAACCGAAAAGUUCGAGAUCGCAGUAAUAAUUUUUGUUUGGGAUUACCAACUUGGAUAAAUACUAUAAAAUCGAAACUAAAAUCAAGGCAUUUCAUCAAAGCCCUGGCCAAAAACGGUUCCACUAAAGCGGCGAGAGCGAAUCUAAAGUGAAAAGCAAACCGACUAAUUGAAGUGUCUGUCUGUGUCUCGCAAACGUGCAAAGGAAACAAACAAAACGGAAUAGGCAACAUAUCACAAAGAGCCACCGCACAAAAUAUUUAUAAAUAAAUAGCCACCGACGACAACUAAGGCAACAGUAAUAACAAAAGCCCGGCAUUAACAUUUAGUCGUGCCAGUUUGUUUAUUUUUUAUAUACGCAAAGCUCAUAAAAAACAACAGUCUUAGAUCGACAACAACAACGGCGAUAUAACAACAAAGUUGUAGCAAUAAGAAAAUUGGCAUAAGCUAAGCCUCCACCGAUCUGCCAAUCUCCUGCUGUUUAUUAAUAUUAAUACCCGACGCAGACGUUAGCCGUCCAUAGAAUAUAUCUAGCUAUAUACCCAACUGAAUACCUCGAUAUCAGACAUGAUGACGCCCAUGUGGAUAGCCCUGUUCAAAGUUCUGGUCCUGAUCUUCGCCCUAUUUACCACGAUAGUUUGUAUCAAUGUCGAAAUAAAGAAGCGACGCGAGGCCGAGGUGAAGGCAGCGAAAGCAGAGGAACAUUUUAAGGCCCUUUUGGCUUGCACGAUGAGAUCGGAAUCAGGAAAGUCGGCAUGUAAUCAUUUCCAGUACGAGGCCAAGGAUUUUGAUGGUGUCAUCAACGAGAUUUUUACAAUAACCAAUGAUACAGGAGUUGUCCUUUUUAAUAAUACAACGACCGCGGACAGUGCACCCUUCAUGCCCAUACCCACCAAGCGCGCCGAUCCGCCCCAGAAACAGUCCCCAAUCCCCGAACCGAACCGCCAUUACCAUCAGUAUCACAGCCUGAACCAACCAGAUCAAUACUUCAAAGUGCAGCGCUCCCCGGACGGCAAGCUGAAUCUGGUCUUUAACGAUACAUUCGUCUCUUUGCAGGAGACAAGCACGGAGGUCCUAUCCGACCAGCCGCCUUCGCCGCGUCAUCCAUCGGACUCCUUUGUCUUCCCCGAUUCGCCCUUAGUCAAGACUCGGCCACCAACGACUCGGCCCCUGAAGAAUGUCACAAAAAGCCUUAGACCCUGUGGAAACGCUGUCAGUCAAGACUCAAAGACCUUCUGCUCGGAGGUGGACUACUAUCCGGAUUUGUCUGGCCUGAAACAGAAGCUGGAGAAUAACUUUUCCAAGUUCUUUUUCAACGACCUUCAGCCCACGGAAGUGAGCUCACGCUCGGAUGUCGCCGAAGAGCGGUUUUUCUGCAAGAGCACCAGAAGGCUUAUGUAUCCGAAAAAGGGCAUGAAAACGGAUAACACCUGGCAGUUGAUCGUUAAUAAUGACGACUACAAGCAGGCUAUUCAGAUCGAGGAGUGCGAAGAAGAGGGUCAACCUUGUGAUUAUGCCACUAACUUCCCUAACACGUAUAAGCCGUUCUGUAAACAGCUCUAUAUGCAGCAGAGCCUGGCCAGCAUUAAGAAUGAAGGUGAACUGGACGUGGUGCAGGAGAACUUUCUGAUUCCAUCCUGCUGCAAAUGUGCCCUGAAGACUUAAGGGACCUGCAGAUUGUGGUUUUACCAGUCAAUGGCUGCGAAAUUGUGAUUUUGAGCAUCAAGUUUCACCCACCACAGAAUGGCCGGCCAAACUGUCCUGGGGUCGUUGAUUUAUUUUGUAAUCUGUACUUUUGUAGUCCUCCCACGCACACAAAAUACGUUUGUAAUCUGCUCUUCAGUGCAGAAACCACACAUAGACUAAUUUGCAUAUAAAUUUAGAGUUUUAAAUCGAGUCACUGUAAACAUAUUCGUGUCAUAUAUUCGUUUUUGGCUUCCUCACCUAAUGUCUAAGCCAGAAAUGCAUGCAAUUAGUCCUAGAAACAAAACAAAAAAAAAAAAACACAAAAAAAGAAGCAAGAAAAAACUAUAUAAAACGUGUAUGUUAAAAAAAGAUAAUGUAUAAUAAAUGUAUGCAAGUACAUGCCAGCAAA